AUGGCAGAUCUCAAACCGCGCAAAUCAGUCUCCUUUGACGACAACCAGAUUGUCGUCGAUGGCGAUGGAAACGUCACCGAACACUCAAACGGCUUCCACGACGGCGAGAAAGAUUCCGCCGAGUCACAUACGAAGGACGUUACGAAUGGCGAAGACAAGCAGGUUGACGAGAUAACGGCGAUGUUCGAGGGUCUGGCCAAGAAGAAAAAGAAGAAGUCAUCGAAGAAGGAGGAAGGCGAGGGCGAAGAGGCUGUUGCAGAGGACGGCGAAGUUGACCUGUCGGCGCUCAAGAAGAAAAAGAAGAAGAAGGUCAAGGCGCCUGAGGAUGACUUUGAGAAGCAGCUCGCGGAGGCGGGCGCAGUAGAGGGCGAGAAGGACGAUGAGGCCGCUGCGACAAAGGAGUCUGGCGGAACCGGCGUACAAGAUGGCGACAUUCACGGCGGCACCGGCAUCUGGGCGCAUGAUGAUACCAAGCCCAUCAACUAUGAGAGCUUACUGCACCGCUUCUUCGAAUUGCUCCACGACUCACACCCGGAUCUAGCUUCUAGUGGCGGCAGGACUUACAAGAUUCCUCCACCGCAGUGUCUGCGUGAAGGCAACAAGAAGACUAUCUUCGCCAACAUUGCCGAUAUCUGCAAGAAGAUGAAGCGAACAGACGAGCACGUAACACAAUUCUUGUUCGCUGAAUUGGGUACGAGUGGUUCCGUGGACGGAAGUCGGCGAUUGGUCAUCAAGGGUCGUUUCCAGCAGAAGCAGAUUGAAAACGUCCUCAGACGGUAUAUCGGUGAGUUCUCCCCGUUGCGACUUUUACAUGCGCGAAGUCUAACAUGGUCGCAGUCGAAUAUGUCACCUGCAAGACCUGCCGAUCGCCAGAUACCGAACUCAGCAAGGGAGAGAACCGCCUCUACUUCGUCACCUGCAACUCCUGCGGAUCCCGUCGUUCCGUCACUGCUAUCAAGAGCGGUUUCUCUGCACAGGUCGGAAAGCGUAAGAGAAUGCAAGGCUAA